AUGAGGGGAUCUUAUAACAAAAACCUGUUCUUGUACCACCUCACUGUCAUCACAAGAACAUCAUCACCCUCAUUUCUGAUCCCUUCACCAUCUUCCCUAUUCCGUGCUCCCAAUUACACCACAGUCACAGAAACCCUGGAAAAACAAUCCUUUACGGUGAAUUACCUCGUCAACAAUUGUGGGCUCCUCCCAGAUUCGGCUCUUAAAGCUUCAAAAUACGUACUUUUUAAGACUCCAGAGAAACCCGACUCAGUCAUCGCACUCUUCAGGAGCUUCGGUUUCUCAGAUUUGCAAAUUCACAAUGUCAUUCGGAAAAAACCCCGGAUUCUCGUCAGCAAACCCAAAGAGACCAUCUUGCCCAAGCUCGAGUUCCUCAUCUCCAAAGGUGCUUCAAAAUCACAACUUGUCCGCAUCAUCGAUCUCAACCCUCUAAUCUUGCAAAGAAGCUUAGAGAAACACCUAAUCCCCACUUUCGAUUUGUUGAACAAUUUCAUUCUUUCUGAAGAAAGGACCAUUGCUUCUAUUUUACGCUCUGUCCAAAUUUUAACUUCUUCAACGUCGCAUCGGAAUAUUAACUUGCUGGUAGAUUUAGGUGUCCGUGAGAGAAGCUUGGCAAGGCUACUUCGCCAAUGGCCUUGGUUGCUUCUGGUCAAUUCUAAAGACCUUAAGAGUAUGGUAGAUGAAGUCAUUAAAAUGGGGGUUGAUCCCGCCAAGGCUAAUUUUGUUCCUGCAUUGUAUGCUAAGCUGCUUCCAAAGUCCAUGUGGGAUAGGAAAGUUGAGUUGUACAAGAGGUUUGGAUUAACUGAUGACAACAUUCGUGAGGCUUUUGUGAAGCACCCUUUCUGUAUGCUGAAAUCUGUGCAGAAAAUUGAGGCCUGCAUCGAAUUCUUUGUCAAAGAACUCGGUUGGAAGCCUCUUGAUGUCACCAAUUAUCCGGUUCUUCUCUCGCUGAAUUUGGAGAAAAGGGUUGUUCCCAGGGCUGCUGUCUUGAAGAUUCUUAUGGCCAAUGGUGCCAUUAAGAGUUGUAAGCAUUUGUUAGCAUAUACUGUUUCGGAAGAGAUGUUCUUUAAGAGUUAUGUGAAUCGUGGUAAGGAUCAAGCACCGGAGUUAUUGAAGCUGUAUCGGGAGAAAAUGAAUCUUCCAGUAAUGGAUAGUAAAUUGAUGUCUUGA